CGGGCUGGGAGGUUGGGGCGGAGAACGGGGGUGGGGGCCGCUGCUUUAUCUUCCUCCGCAGCGGGGCUGGCGGCGUUGCGGGCCGGCGAGAGCACAUCCCGACGCGGCGACCCUCCCGCGGCCGCCCAACCUACCGCCUAGACUGCCGCACUGCCCUCCGGCCGCAGGCAGCUCGAUGGUGGGAGAAGAGAAGAUGUCGCUGAGAAAACGGCUGGCAAAAUCUGGUGAAAAUCCUGAGGAAGAUGAAGCCCAGAGAAAUAUCUUGGACACACAGAGAAAUGGUCACAUUACCAUGAAACAGUUGAUAGCCAAGAAGAGGCAGUUGGCAGCAGAGGCAGAGGAACUGAAGCCACUGUUUCUGAAGGAAGUUGGUUGUCACUUUGAUGACUUUGUGACCAACCUCAUUGAAAAGUCUGCAUCUCUGGAUAGUGGUGGGUGUGCUCUCACAACCUUCUCCAUUCUUGAAGAAAUGAAAAGCAACCACAGAGCCAAAGAUCUCAGAGCACCUCCAGAACAAGGGAAGAUUUUUAUUACAAGGCGGUCUCUUUUAGACGAGCUGUUUGAAGUGGACCACAUCAGAACAAUCUAUCACAUGUUCAUCGCGCUCCUCAUCCUCUUUAUCCUCAGCACACUCGUAGUAGACUAUAUUGAUGAAGGAAGGCUGGUGCUUGAGUUCAAUCUGCUGGCCUAUGCUUUUGGCAAACUUCCUACUGUUAUCUGGACAUGGUGGGCCAUGUUCCUGUCUACACUCUCAAUCCCCUAUUUCCUGUUCCAGCGUUGGGCCCAUGGCUACAGCAAGAGUUCUUACCCACUGAUACAUUCCCUCAUCCACGGCUUUUUCUUCUUAGUCUUUCAGCUUGGAAUUUUAGGCUUCAUACCAACGUACACUGUGUUAGUGUACACGCUGCCGCCGGCCUCCAGGUUCAUUGUUAUACUGGAACAGAUUCGUUUGGUAAUGAAGGCUCACUCGUUUGUCAGAGAGAAUGUGCCAAGAGUACUAAAUGCAGCCAAGGAGAAAUCAAGCACAGUUCCAGUACCCACAGUCAACCAGUACCUGUACUUCCUGUUUGCUCCUACACUUAUUUACCGAGACAGCUAUCCGAGGACUCCCACUGUACGAUGGGGUUACGUUGCUACACAGUUUUUACAGGUUUUCGGCUGCCUGUUUUAUGUGUACUACAUCUUUGAGAGACUUUGUACCCCGCUGUUCCGGAAUAUCAAACAGGAGCCUUUCAGCGCUCGGGUUCUGGUCCUCUGUGUAUUUAACUCCAUCUUGCCAGGUGUGCUGAUGCUGUUCCUUUCAUUUUUUGCCUUCUUGCACUGUUGGCUCAAUGCCUUCGCUGAGAUGUUACGCUUUGGGGACAGGAUGUUUUAUAAGGACUGGUGGAACUCUACGUCCUACUCCAACUACUACAGGACCUGGAAUGUGGUGGUUCAUGACUGGCUCUACUACUAUGCUUACAAGGACCUCCUCUGGUUUUUCACGAAGAGGUUCAAAUCUGCUGCCAUGUUGGCUGUCUUCGCCAUCUCAGCUGUGGUGCAUGAAUACGCCCUCGCUGUCUGCUUCAGCUAUUUCUACCCAGUUCUCUUUGUGCUCUUCAUGUUCUUUGGAAUGGCUUUUAACUUCAUUGUCAAUGACAGUCGGAAAAGGCCAAUCUGGAACAUUAUGGUAUGGGCUUCUCUUUUCCUGGGCCAAGGAGUCAUCGUGUGCUUUUACUCGCAAGAAUGGUAUGCCCGUCAGCACUGUCCUCUGAAGAACCCUACAUUUCUGGAUUAUGUCCGGCCACGGUCCUGGACUUGUCGGUAUGUGUUUUAAAAGCCCCGGCUCUGCCUCCUUUCUUGCCUCUGAAGAUUGGAUAUUCUUCCUGACUCUGAGCCAGCAGUCUUCAGAGAUACUGGAUAUAUCUAUGCCACGUUGUUGGACACUCUGACCUUUCCAGAUGGCUCACCUGAAGCUGGGCUCUGGGAAAUUAACUUAAUGCUAUUCUUGUUUUGUUUCCUAUUGGGGAAAGAGGAGACCAAUAACUGAGGUAAUGGCAGAUUCUUGUGGGGUUAUCUCAGCUCAGGCCUCGGUAGUUUUAUCUGUUUAUUUCCUUGAUUCUAUCCAACUAGAGACUAAACAUAUCUUGGCCAUGAAUUAGCCAAAACACUAGGAAAAAAAUCAUUUCAGUACCUCUGGCUUAGAAGUUUUUCAUGUACACUCUUAGGAAGUAUGCUAGUUAACUGUGCAAUUGGGGAGAAGAAUAUAUCUGUUAUUUAUGGUAGAAAGAGAGAAAAUACCUAUUUUCCAAAGAUAAUCUUGUUAUGCAUUCUGCUCAUAUCUUUUUUUGCUAUUCUGUUUUGUUUUGCUUGUAGCUGGGAAUGGAACCCAGGGCCUUGCUCAAUGGCAGCACACUGAGCCACACCCCAGCACCUACAGUUGUAUUUUUGAAAAUUCAGGUCUAUUCCCCCCCCCCCCCCGUAUUCUGUAUAAGUUGUGAUUUGUUUGAAACAAUUAGCAUUCUUUCACCUUGAACUCAACACUAGUGCAAAUUCAAAGGUCAAAAGUGGAAAGGGAAAAAUAGAUUUCCUUUUGAAACUUCAAAAAUCAUUUUAAAACAGAUUCACUUAGCUGGUCAUGUAUUUUAGUUAUUUUCUCAUCGCAGUUCUGUGAAAGAUUUUAUUAUUAUUGGUUUGGAUUUUUAGAGGCAGGGUCUUGCUAUGUAGCCCAAACUAUAUAGCUCAGGCUGGUCUUGAACUUUCUGUGUUGCCUGGCUGGCCUUGAAACCCUGACCUCUUGCCUUGGCCUCCCAAGAUCACAGAAGACAUCACCAUGCCUGGCCAAGAUUUUUGUUUUAAAAACUCUUUUGUUACAACUUCUUUGAAGUUACUUAGAAAUAUCCUUUGGUACAGUUGCCUUAUUGUUUAACAAGUAGUGACUUUCCUUGUAGACUAGUGAGUCCAUGUGAGUCCAUAAUGGAAGUGUUAAUCUCUCUACUAAUAAUACUGAAAUGGCUACUAAGGAUCCAGAAGCUGGCUUCUGGAGCAUCUUCUCAGUCAUUAUACUUUAACAGUAUUUUUAAAAUGAAAUAAAUUACUGUGUGAUCAUUUGUAAGGACAUGUACUCAUUAUGUGACAUUUCCAAGUUCUGAGGUGCCCAUUCCUCACCUGGUGUCGGGGGGACCCGCUGUGCUUGUGUGCAUGGGUCAGACCAUGUGUGAGGACCAUGCAUCGGAACGGCGUCGGACCUUGUAGCUCAACCUCCCGCCCCAAGAAAUGAGCCUUACAAGUUGCUCACAGGCUGGUCCCACGGCACAGCCAUUGGAGAAGCUUUGUGGUCUUCUGGCAACUACCCAUGUGCAUUUGGGAAGUCUUUUCAGAAUGAUUUUAAAAAUCAUGUUGGGUCUCACAAGAAGAUAGGUAAAGCUCCUUUGCAAUCACUCUGAAUUUGAACCAGCUAUCUCCAGCUUCAUUUUCUGCUUUAUUCACUACAUUCCCAGAUGGGCUAGGUCUGUCUCUGCGUAUCAGCUCCCACGUUCAGCACACAGGUCUUUUUCUUUUUUCUGUUCCCAAACAAUAGUGUUCUGUAUUGUCACAGAACCGUAACCCCUCAAGAAGCCUGCUAAGUUCUGUUAAGUUCUGAUGUGUUAAGAGCCUGUUAAGUUCUGAUGUGUCUUAAAGAUCAAGCCAGUUACUUUGUUGUGUAAUGGCAUUUUAAAUAUAAUGAGGAAACAGUUUGGCCUGGGAUUUGGUUAUAAGCCAGUCUUCUGAUGAAAGAGGAUGGGAUUUCAGGGUGUCUAUCCCUUUCUGUGAAGUAUUAUAUAUGCAUUUUCAGGAAAGGGCGUUACUCUAUAGCAGCUCUCGAUUUUGCAUUUGUUGGCCUGAUGGAGGCUGCUCUUCCCCAGUACCCACUCUUCUUGAGACAAGGUCUUUCUCUGCAGCCCAAGCUGGCAUGGGCCUCACAUCCUCCUGCCUCAGCCUCUUCAGGUGUGAGAGUUUACAAGCAUGUGCUGCCGCACCCAACAAGGCCUUUCAUUCCAGAUUAGUUUCCUCCCAGAGUUUUAGGUGAUAAUAAUGAGUAUAGGACUGCAAACUAGUUAGAAUUCUCAGAGCAUCUUAAGAGAACAUCAGAAAUACAGAACUCUUAAAGACUUGGACACUUCAGUGAAAGAAGACUGGCUUGGCAACCAUGACCAUGUUGAAAAACAGAGCCUUUUUUCAAGCCAUCUUCUGAACCCUUUAAAAAGAAAAUAAAACCAAAACCUCUUGCUAAAAAUGUGUUCCAAGCAGGUUUGUUUAUUAUACCCUGUUGUGCCAAUGGGUGAAAGUUGGUUUUUGUUAAGAAUACUUCUUAUUGUCUACAAAGUAGGGUUAGUAACAGCAACUGUGAUUUGAACUGACCGUAUAAGAAAAACACUUUCUGUACAGUAUUUCACUUACAUUUAGAUGUCUGUGUUGAUCCUUUAUUACCUCUGUAUUGGAUGUUUUUAUUCUCACUCUCACCUAGAAAGAUAGGGGUCAAAGUUUAGUGGUUUAUUUAUUUAUUUGUUUUGGCGGUGUAUUAAAAUUGUCUGGAUAAUGUUGCUUGUUUCAUGUUAGAAUUUAGAGCACCAAGGCUGGUUUUUUGUUGUUUGUUUUUGAAACAGGGUCUCUCUACAUAGCCCUGCCUUGUCCAUGCUGGCCUUCCCAACACUGGGAUUAAAGGUGUGCACCACCACACCUGGCUGGGGCUGCUUUUAACUUGUCUGUAAUUGCAGCAUUUGCCAGUGAGAAAAAUGUAUGCCUGUUAUAUUCAAAGUAAAAGCUGGUGAUGUUGGCAGGUUAAGAAAAGUACAAUGCAAACAGAUUGUUACAGAACUAA